AUCAUCACAAUCCAGAAAACACCAGUCAAGCUCAGCAGUCAGCUCAAUCAACUCAUCAGCCUCGGCCAUCGUACCCGAAAGUUAGAACAGCACCCAGAAGCCAGUCAGCUCAAAAUACAAGAUGACUCGCUUGAUCAGGACACUGCCUCAUCGAUUGCUGUUAGCCCAAAAACGACCCUUCUCCUCCACUUUAUUCACUAGGGAUCAGCCCAACGUCCAAAUUGUGACCCCACCAUCGGUCAAAUACAAUCGUCCGAUUGGUGGUAUCAGGGCCGGGAUCUUGGGGUUCUUGACAGGUCUCACCGUCACUGGAAGCUACGCUUAUCUUCAUCUAUUUGAAGAAUAUCAAAACGCUUGCAACAUCCUUCUAUUAUCGGUUGAAGAGCUCAAGGCAUCAACCUUGAAAAUCACAAAUCAAGUCAAACGAAUCGAGCAGGUUGAGAAAGAUUUGAACCGGAUCGAAUCGAGUACAGUGACUGAGGACCAAAUCAAAAAGUUGAAAUCCGAGUUGAAAAAAUUGGUCGAUCGAGUCCAAAUCGAACAACUUGAAUUAAAAUCUAAUCUCACAAACUUAGAAACUGAUUUGAUCUCUGGAAAAUCGACAUCGAUGAAUGGAGGUAGAAUGUGUUAGAUUGUAUUUAUAUACAUACCAAGUUUUUUCUUCUUCCUUUUUUUCUGUUUAGGUAUUAGAGCUGUUGAAUCAAAAUUUAUCACGUUGUCAUCAAACCAAAUUAACUGCAUGACCAACAAAGAAAAGAGGGAAAAAAAUGGUUUCUCUGGUUUGCUUCAAACUUAAUAUCAUUAUCCAUAUUUCUCUCUUGAAGUUAACUGCUGGACUUCAUUCACCAUUGACCUGUCAGCAGCAUGGAUAACCAAACUCAAUAUCUAUGAUUCUACCCAUGAGAAUGAGAUUGUUU